GUGCACGCAGCCGUGCUUGGGGAACUUAAAGCGGGAGGGGGAUCGAAGAAGGGACAUUUGGGAUUGCAGGAAGUGAGAUGAUCACUUCGGAAGCUGCUUAGGGGCGCAACUGGGCGCGGUCCCAGCGUCCUCCCAGAACCGCAGUGUGCCACGCGGCUAUUCCUGCGGCCAAGGGAUUUUCCGCGCGCAGGGAGUGCGGCUUGCCAGGUGGGGGCGGCUGCUGGGCGGGGCUUCCCUGGGCCCGCCCCUUGCCCAGGUGAGGCGCCGGAGCCUGGGGCGCGACCGGAUGGUGCGCCCCCGCAGUGCUCAAGAGGUGUAGGGUGCCUGGCUGUCGGGUUGUCGGGCCAGGCCUGCUUGACGCCCCAGGACUGGCCGGGCUGGCCGGGCCUCUGGCCGGGGUGGAGGAGGGUGCCGCGCCCUGCCCGGCCCAGGUGUCGUCUCCGGGGGCGGAGUUUGGGAACCGGGCUGCGAGAGCUUCCCGGCCGCACCGGCAAGCGGGCGUCGAGAGACAGCGGCGGACGAGACCAGGCGCGGCCAGGCGGCUCUGGGAACGCACCGAGUAGGUAAAGGCGUGGGGCAAUCAGCAUGUUCUCGCGAAACCACCGGAGCCGGGUCACCGUGGCCAGGGGCUCCGCCCUGGAGAUGGAGUUCAAACGCGGCCGCUUCCGACUCAGCCUCUUCAGCGACCCGCCCGAGGACACAGAGUUGCAGAGAAAGCUAGACCAUGAGAUCCGGAUGAGGGAAGGGGCCUGCAAGCUGCUGGCAGCCUGCUCCCAGAGAGAGCAGGCUCUGGAGGCCACCAAGAGCCUGCUGGUGUGCAACAGCCGCAUCCUGAGCUACAUGGGUGAGCUGCAGCGGCGGAAGGAGGCGCAGGUGCUGAGGAAGACUGGCCGGCGGCCUUCAGAUAGCGGGCCACCUGCUGAGCGCUCCCCUUGCCGAGGCCGUGUCUGCAUCUCCGACCUCCGGAUUCCACUCAUGUGGAAGGACACAGAAUAUUUCAAGAACAAAGGCGACCUGCACCGCUGGGCUGUGUUCCUGCUGCUGCAGCUAGGGGAACACAUUCAGGACACAGAGAUGAUCUUGGUGGACAGGACCCUCACAGACAUCUCCUUUCAGAACAACGUGCUCUUCACCGAGGCAGGGCCAGAUUUUGAACUGCGACUGGAGCUGUACGGAGCCUGCUUGGAAGAGGAGGGGGCCCUGGCUGGAGCCCCCAAGAGGCUUGCCACCAAACUCAGCAGCUCCCUAGGCCGCUCCUCUGGGAGGCGUGUCCGGGCGUCACUGGAGAGUGCGUCGGGUUCGGGGAGCAGUCCCAUUCUGCUCCCCACCCCAGCUGUGGGUGGUCCUCGUUACCACCUCUUGGCUCACACCACGCUCACCUUGGCGGCAGUGCAGGAUGGGUUCCGCACACACGACCUUACCCUCGCUAGCCAUGAGGAGAACCCCGCCUGGCUUCCCCUCUAUGGUAGCGUGUGUUGCCGCCUGGUGGCUCAGCCUCUCUGCAUGACUCAGCCUACCGCCAGUGGUACCCUCAGGGUGCAGCAAGCUGGGGAGCUGCAGGACUGGGCGCGAGUGCAUGGAGUCCUGAAAGGCACAAGCCUCUUCUGUUACCGGCAACCCGAAGACGCAGACACUGGGGAAGAGCCGUUGUUUACUAUUGCCAUCAACAAGGAGACUCGAGUCCGGGCAGGGGACCCAGACCAGGCUGCAGGCCGGCCCUUGACCCUGAGCAUCAGUAACCGGUAUGGGGAGGAUGAGGUGACACACACCCUUCAGACAGAGAGCCGAGGAGCCCUGCAUAGCUGGAUGGAGGCUUUGUGGCAGCUUUUCUUUGACAUGAGCCAGUGGAAGCAGUGCUGUGAUGAAAUCAUGAAGAUUGAAACCCCUGCUCCCCGGAAACCACCCCAAGUCCUGGCCAAGCAGGGGUCCUUGUACCAUGAGAUGGCUAUUGAGCCGCUGGAUGACAUCGCAGCGGUGACAGACAUCCUGGCCCAGCGGGAGGGCACAAGGCUGGAGACACCCCCACCCUGGCUAGCAAUGUUUACAGAACAGCCUGCCCUGCCUAACCCCUGCUCACCUGCCUCAGUGGCCCCAGCCCCAGCUCGGACCCACCCCAUGCCCUGGGGGCGACCCCGAACAUUCUCCCUGGAUGCCGUCCCCCCAGACCACUCCCCUGGGGCUUCCCGCUCCGUUGCCCCUCUCCCCCAGCAGCGAUCCCCACGAUCCAGAGGCCUCUUCAGCAAAGGCCCACCCCGCCCUUGGCUCCAGUCGCCAGUCUGAGAGAGAAAAGUGCUGGCCGCAGGAUCUGGCCAGAGGAAGAGACAGCCUACAAGCAGCUGGGCUCCGGGUGCGGCGCUGUCGGCAGCAGGUUGGCCAGCUUGGC